GUGUUACCGAAGGUCAGACCACUCUGGCAACUUUCAAAAUGGCGAAGCGGGUGGCGAUCAUCGGAGCCGGGUGUAGCGGUCUUAUCGCUAUCAAAUGUUGUUUAGAGGAAAAUCUGCAGCCGUUUUGUUUUGAGCGAACUGACGAGAUCGGGGGAUUAUGGAAUUUCACGGAAAAAAUCUGCGAGGAUCAAGCGUGCGUGAUGAAGUCAACUGUCAUCAACACAAGCAAGGAGUUGAUGUGUUUCAGCGACUUCCCUAUACCCAAAGAGUUCCCCAAUUUCAUGCAUAACACUCAGGUAACGCGGUACUUCAAGAUGUUUGCAGAUGCCUUCAACCUGACAAAACACAUCCAAUACAACAAAGAGAUCCUGGCCGUGAAGAAGUCGAGUGACUUCGAGCAGACCGGAAGAUGGGAUCUGCAGAUCAGAGAUCACAAGACUGGAAGUGACGAGACGCAGGUGUUUGACGCCGUGAUGGUGUGCACAGGUCAUCACGCCAGCAAGAAUGUGUCGCACUUUACCGGUCAAGAGGACUUCCAGGGGAAGAUCCUUCACUCUCAUGACUACAAGGACUGGACCGGGUACACUGGGAAGAGGAUAGUGGUUAUCGGGGUCGGUAACUCAGGCGGGGACGUGGCUGUGGAGCUGAGCAGGGUGGGGAAGGUGUUUCUGAGUACGAGGCGUGGUACCUGGGUGCUCAACAGAAUUGCGGACAAUGGUAUUCCCGGCGAUUUUCUUCUAAACACGCGUUGGUUCAAUACAAUUCGACACGCCAUGCCUGAAGAAACACUGAGCAAUAUACUAAAGAAAGCUCUGAACAAACGUUUCGACCACGAGCUGUACUCCUUGAUGCCUAAACACUCGGUGUUUGCUGAAUGUCCUACUAUAAACGAUGACAUGCCCAACAGAAUCGCGACUGGCUCUUUAAAGAUCAAGGCUGACGUCAAGAGGUUUACCAAGACUGGCGUGGAGUUCGUUGACGGGACGGUGGAAGAUGAUAUCGACGUUAUCAUACUGGCUACAGGAUAUAUAUUCGGCUUCCCGUUCAUCGAUAAAUCUGUGAUCAACGUUCAGAAGAAUAAGGUCAAGAUGUUCAAAUAUAUGUUUCCACCUGACCUACCGAAACAGACAUUGGUGGUGAUUGGUUGUUUUCAGCCUAUCGGCGCCAUUAUACCUAUCGCAGAAUUGCAGUGUCGCUUGGCAACCAGAGUGUUCAAAGGCACGUACAGUCUCCCGUCGAAGUACGAGAUGUGGGCGGACAUUGGGAAGAAAGAGGCAAACAUGGCGGCAAGAUAUGUCGAGUCCCAGCGUCACACCAUACAGGUCGACUACGUCGACUUCAUGGACGAACUCUCUGAACUUGUGGGAUGUCGGCCGAAUAUAGGUCGUCUCCUUCUCACCGAUCCGCAACUUGGACUCAAGUGCUUUUUCGACCCCAACACCCCCUACCAAUACCGCCUGAGGGGGCCGGGCUCCUGGUCGGGAGCCCGGGAGGCCAUCAUGACCCAGACAUACAGAAUGGAGUACCCCUUUAAGACCAGAUCACUGCCUGAAGGUACACAGUCACAGUUGUCCCACAGACUCCUCACACUGGUGCUGCUAGCGGUGGUGAUUGCCGUCCUUUACCAAGUAUUCUUUUAAAUGAGGUGUGACGAGCUUUUCACUGGUCGUCUUACAUCCAAAGAUUUACAUAUUUUACACAGAUGGUAGUAUGAGAUGCUGGGGAUUCAAAGCCAGGAAUCUGUUUGGAGACUUUUCUUAUUGACAGAAAGUUUUCAGUUCAUGGGUACCUGGUGUUCCUUGUGUUGCUUUCCUCUGUCAGUUGCAACUCCACAUCAGGUUUAUACUGUCAACAGUAUGUCAGGUAUAUUCUGGCAAAAUACUUACGGUUUAUUUUGUCAACAUGACUCAAGGUUUAUUUUGUCAAUACUUCUCAAGGUUUGUUGUUGCACCAUUACCUUAAACAUAUUCUGUUAACACUACUCCAGAUGUAUUCUUGCAACAUUAAUUCAGGUUUAUUCUUCCAACACUGCACCAGCUGUAUUCUGCCAACACUACUCCAGGUUUAUUCUUCCAACACUACUCCAGCUGUAUUCUGCCAACACUACUCGAGCUGCAUUCUCCCAACACUACUCCAGCUGUAUUCUGUCAACACUACUCCAGCUGCAUUCUGCCAACACUACUCCAGCUGUAUUCUGCCAACACUACGCCAGAUUUAUUCUCCCUGUACUACUCCAGGUUUAUUCUUCCAACACUACUCCAGGUUUAUUCUGCCAACACUACUCCAGCUGUAUUCUGCCAACACUACUCCAGCUGUAUUCUACCAACACUACUCCAGGUUUAUUCUGCCAACACUACUCCAGCUGUAUUCUGCCAACACUACUCUAGGUUUAUUCUCCCAACACUACUCCAGCUUUAUUCUUCCAACACUACUCCAGCUGUAUUCUGCCAACACUACUCCAGCUGAAUUCUGCCAACACUACUCCAGGUUUAUUCUGCCAACACUACUCCAGCUGUAUUCUGCCAACACUACUCCAGCUGUAUUCUGCCAACACUACUCCAGCUGUAUUCUGCCAACACUACUCCAGCUGAAUUCUGCCAACACUACUCCAGGUUUAUUCUGCCAACACUACUCCAGCUGUAUUCUACCAACACUACUCCAGGUUUAUUCUGCCAACACUACUCCAGCUGUAUUCUGCCAACACUACUCUAGGUUUAUUCUCCCAAAACUACUCGAGCUGUAUUCUCCCAACACUACUCCAGGUUUAUUCUGCCAACACUACUCCAGCUGUAUUCUGCCAACACUACUCCAGCUGUAUUCUGCCAACACUACUUCUCCAGAUGUAUUCUCCCAGCACUACUCCAGGUUUAAUCUGCUAAAACUACUCCAUGUUUAAACUGCCAACACAACACAUGGUAUAAACACCAACACCAAUUCAGGUUCAGUCUGCUAAGACAACUUCGGGUUCAAACUGUCAGUACUACUCCAGGUUUAAUCUGCCAACACCACUCCGGGUUCAAACUGCCAAUACUACUCCAGGUUUAAUCUGCCAACACUACUCCGGGUUCAAACUGCCAAUACUACUCCAGGUUUAAUCUGUCCCACGUGUCUUGAGCAAUGAAAACAAAGGAAAUUGGACAUCUGAAUAUAAAACUGUAAAUGAGUACAGACAAACCAAUAUCCACAAGUAUGCAAACGGUUUCACUUCUAAUGUAUAUCGCUCCAGCGUUGUACAAGUGACCGUGAGGGAAUUGCCUUACAAUGAUAUCUCCUGGGAGCAACCAUGAUGUACAAGGCAGACACCAUCGUAAGACUGAUGACAUCUGACGGUCAUAAACCCGACAGUCCCAGAACUUUAAGUCUUCAGAAUUUAGCUAAUACAAGAGACAAUUGUUGAAAUUCAGAAUUGGAUACGAUAAUCUGGCCGUAAAAAACAUAGAAGUAACAUUCACAUUGAUAGUGCAGAUAAACUUUGUUAUGAAUGUCGCUUGAAGUGCGUAUAUUGAUAUGUUACCCUUUGUAUUAGAAUUAUAUAACAAUGUCUCUUUUGAGUUUAUUAGAUGCAGGUGCUUAAUAUCAACAUUGUUUGCAGCUUUCAGGAGGUCCAUACUAAAUUGUAUUUACAAUUGUGGACAUGCUGUUUCCCAUAUAUAUGUUCACUAUCACAUGUCCGUCAUAUGAUCACGUGGUUUUUUUUUAAAUAUUCAAUGUUUAAUCAGAAUGUAUGUUACUUUUUCCCUCUGAAUCAACACUUAAUUCAUAUAUUAUGAAAGUAUCUUUUUUAAAACCAAUUUGUAACCAAACUUUAAGACUUUUUUCCACAUGACAAAAGAUCAGCCUUCAUUAACUUUAACUUGAAAAGAAUAAAAAGUCCAAGGCAUUAUUCAUAAUUUCAUAUUA